AUGGACCAGUUUGAAACGUCAAGUCGAGAUGGUGCAAUUGCUACCGUCCAGCCUCUGCUGGAAAUCUCACAGCAACUAUCAUCUCGUCCAUCCAGUCUGGAGAUACAAACCGAGGACCUAGACGGAAAGAGCGCUUUACAUCGUCCGGCUUCCUCUUUGAUUCGCCUAUGGGGCUUAGAGAUGUCUGCCUUGGUCCUUAGCCUGCUAUCGUUUGGCGCCCUGACUUGUGUUCUCAUCGCAUCCAAUGGACAGCCGCUAUCACGGUGGACAAUGCCAUUCAUUACUAUCAACGCCAUCGUAUCGAUCCUUGCAGGAGUUUCGAAAACCUGUCUUGCAUUUUCCAUCAAUAUAUGCCUGUCACAAAUGAAAUGGAACUGGUACAACAAGUCCUCACAGCCGCUUGUCGAUUUUGAUCGAUUAGAUGCGUCCAGUCGAGGUGCUUGGGGUGGUUUGCGUGUGUUGAAGUCAUGCAUGCGGCGGCCAAACUGGGCUGCUUUAGGUGCUCUUGCAACCAUUGCUUUACUCGCAUUUGAACCCUUUACACAAGCUAUCCUGGCUUCUAAGGACCGAGAGGUUGUCCUAAAGCCCAAGGAAUACGCUGAACUGGCCCAAAAGAAUAACCAGUCGAUCGACUCUGCUCCAUCCAUUGAGAAUGGCGUGGGCCGGUUCCCUGUUAACCCGGGCAAUACCACACACUACUACGUGUCAUUCUUAACGACAUCUAACAUCCAAAGUGACAUGGGGUUGAAAGCAGCUCUUUGGAGUGGCUUUUCGCCUCUGACCUCGUCUCAGAAUCUCAAACCUGCUUAUACAUGUCUCUCCGGCAAUUGCUCUUGGACCGAUUUUGCAUCUGCUGCCGUCUGCCACAAGUGUCAUUAUCUGUCUCAGAAUGUGGUUAGAUCGACAGGAAUGGACAAAGUACCAGGUCUCAGCAUGCCGCCUGCAAAAUGGGAGCCCAACAGCACUCUUCCUGAUAUCAGCAACCAAUGGCCCGCUGCUAAUUGGUGGCAAAUGAAUCAGAGCCUGACGCAUACAAAGUACAAGAUCGCAAGUAUGAAUUUAAGCUUGUCCAACUACGACGGAAAAGCAAGAUGCACAUCAAAAAGUGACAAUUGCCCUGAUACCUAUUUAUCAUCAAGAUUCACGACAAACCCAGGACAGACCCUAAAUUUCCAAAAUCACGACACGAUAAUCAUGGCCAUGCAAUACCUCAAAUCAAACGAAAGUUGGUCCGAGGGUAGAACAAUAUGGGAAGAAACAGAUAUUUCCUCCCAGGAGUGUGCCUUGUUCUUUUGUGUCAAUGAGUAUCACGACGUGCUAUCGCAAGGAUCCUUGCAAGAGACCAUCGUCGCCUCGUUCAUCAAUAGAACCACAGAUUCCUACAGACCAGAAGAAGAUGACCCCAUGGUAGAAGAAUUCUUCAAAUAUACCAACUACAGUCUCGACAUGGGAAAUAGACUGGUAAACCUAUCGGAUCUCCAGAUACGGAUACCUGACCAGCACUUUCUCAAGUCAAACCUUUCAACACAGGCAUUUAAUAUUACGCAAACCACCAUCGUUUCACUCUUUGGCUAUCUGAACGAGGGACUUUGGGGCUAUGACCCAGAUAUUACCUAUCAGCUUAUGGCUCCACGGAGGCUUAUUUACCCAGCUCGCGGGGCUCCAACUUGUGGAAUCGGGGGAUCAUCUAGCUUGAUGGUUGGGCUUGGGGAGUCCAAUGAUAUACCUUCAACAAUUGAGAAUGUCGCACUGAGCUUGACGAAAUGGAUGAGAGAUCGAGACCUCGAUGAUCCAGAGAAAGGAACUUCUACAGCCAACACCACUAUCAUACACAUUCGCUGGUAUUUCUUUAUCUUUCCUAUUAUUAACUUCUUGGCGGGCAUAAUCUUUACUGUUUUGUGUAUAUGGGAAACACAGCGUUCGGGAAGGCCAGUUUGGAAGGACAGUAUUUUAGCAACGCUCUCCUGUGCACCAGACGGAGAUUUGAUAACAACACUUAGAGAAGCAGCAGAGACUGACAAGUUGCAAGAACUCAGCAGGAGUCUGAUGGUUACUUGGCAUAAGGACAAGGGCGUUGGGCAUCUGAAAGAGACGUAG